AUGCAUGUCUGGGAGCCACAAUUAAUAUAAAGCCUUACAGACAAUAGAUCUUAGAUUACCCAGUUCGAUAUGGAAUGUAAUAGUGUCCUAGGCGAAUUAAAAACUGAUCUCGCAGAACAAUAUUAAUUGACAGAUUUCUUCCAGCAGAAAGUGCUGGAUAGAUAAUCACACUUUAAUGAUAAAGUUUACAAUUAGGCAUUAGUGCAGCUUGAAAGUGAUCGAGAUCAAAUGGAAAGAGAACUUACAAGUAAAAUACUAGAUUUCAAUUGGAAGGUGAAAGAAGAGAGUGAUAAACUGGAAGAGAUGGUCAAGGCAGAAAUCUCUGGAUUAAUGGAAGAAAUCGAUAGAGAAAAAAAGGAAAGGAUAGCAUCUGAUCAAAUAUUGACUUAGAAUAUGCAGAAAUUUAUGGGAAAUGAUAUUUCUAGAGGAGUUGAUCUGACUGAGUUCACCGAGGAAAACUAAGAAUUGAUUGAUGAAACAAAAGGAAAGUAUGAUAAGACUAUGGGCAUGGUGAGAAAAAUGUUUGCUCGUGACUAAUUUUAAGAUAUCGACGAAUAUUACCAAUCCUUUAAAGAGAGUAUUGAUUAACUAAUGGAAGAAUUUAAAUAACUGUCUUUUGAAUAUAAGGCUAAAGACAAAAAUACUUCCAAGCGACUUCUGCACAUCAAAGAUAUCCAAUCCCUGAUAAAUCGAAUGGAAGACUCUGUAGGACAUGACCUCUCAGCAUUUCUAGAAUACAUCACAAAUAAAUUUAGUUUGAAAGAGUAAGAAGGGAAAAAAUCAGCAUUUAGAGAAGAUUCUAUAAUAGCUGAAAAGAGAAGAAAAGAAGGAUUUUUUUCAGCCUAUUCAUUAAGAAAUCAAAACCCUAAAGAAAGUUAAAGAGUAAAAAGUUUACAAUUAAUCUGCUUCAAAGUGGCCAAUCACAAAAGAAAAAUAAUCAAAAUGCUUGAAAAAUAUGUUGAGACCAAAGGAUUUUCAAGACCCUAAAGUAUUAUGAGCGCAGGAAUCGAAGAUGAAUAAUUGAAAUAUAUCUCAAUAAAUGGAAGUAAAAUGUAAUAGCCUGGAAAUUUAUCAGAACUAAAUGGAUAUAUUCCGAUAUCCUAAAUAAUGCCAAUUUUGAGAGAUCUAAGUGAACUCAUCCAUGUAAAGAUGCUGUCAUUUGAUUAAUAUAGAAAAGGGUAUAUUCCUGAGUCAAAUGAUUAAGAUUGUUUGGCCAAAUUUGAGAAAUAUAUAUAUUUGGGUUUAUCCUAAGAAUAAGCUAAAUUCUUAAAAAAGCCAUCUAUUUUUAGAGCUUUAGAUUCAUAUUUAGCACCUAAUAAGAUAGGCAUCAUAGUAAAAAAGAAAGUUAAGUUUAUUGAGGAAGGGCUAGAAUAUGCAAAAAAAAUAGGGAAAUUCGGCUUCACUGUUGACUAUUUUAUGCUUAAAAUUGAUAAAUUUUUUGCCAAAGAAUCUUCUGUCGUUCUAAUAGCUACUGAUGAUGAAUACGAUAAAUAUCUAGAGAUAGAAAAGAAAAAAGACUAGGAGCUAUAAUAUACCAUAAAUUAGCUCGAUGAUUUUUUCUUUACAUCAACAGAAAAGGAUAUCGACGAGGAAGAAUUUCAAAAAGACUAUCAUGAUUUAUAGAGUUAACUACUCAAAAUACCCACAAGAAAGGAGAAAACUAUGGAUAUGCUGAACAUACAAGAAGAUGGAGUUAAAUUGAGAUUCGAGAAUAGAGUACUUAAAUAAGGCUUAACUAAUAAAACAAUGAAAAUUAUCAGAGAUGAUGAUAUGUUUAGAAGAAAUUUAGUUAACACUAUUAAUCAUUACGUAAAAUUGCUGAAAUUAAAUCAUUUUAAAUCACAAUAGUAAAGGCAAGAAAUGGAAAAGUUGCUAUAAAUUCUCCAAGAAUAAUUAAAAAAUUAUGAUGAAUCUAAUAACUCAUAGUAAAAAGAUAACUAGUUAGUUAAAGGAGAAAUUGAGGAUUCGAGAAAAAAAGGGCUUUAAGAGAUCUUCAAUUUCUAUUCUAGAUAGCAUAUCCCUUAAAACAAGCAAUUUGAUGAUUUAAAGGAAAUCAUGAAUGAAGUGAAUUUAGGGGAAUUCUAUAGUUUUUGUAGAGAUUUUAAGAUUCCAAUUACGAAAGGGAAAAUAACUGAAAUUUUUAAAAGAGCCUCUAUCAAUCACAAGCCUCAUAAAUUUGAAUAGUUUUUGAACUCAGUAAAAUUACUCGGAAUAGAAAUGACUAAAACGAAGAUCGAGGAAACCUUGAAAAAAUUAUCUGAUUUAGAUAAUAGGAUUAACGAAACUGCAGCCACGAAUUCCUAAGGUAUUCAAUCUUAGUAUAGACUAGAUAUUCAGCCAAACAUGUUGGAUAUUCAACAACUGCAAAUGAAGAACAAAAAUUUUGGAAGUAGAUAGAGUUCUAGGUAAAGAGGGAGUAGCAAUCGUUACAAAAAUUCUAACUAAGCAUCUUCAGAAGAGAGAUCGCAAACAUCUUAGAGAGCAACUAAAGAGCCUGUAAAUAUUUAGAUAGAAUCCAAAGGAAUUACUCUAAAUUCGAGAUACAAUAAAUCCAGAUAGGGUUCAACAGAGUCACUAUAAAAUCAUAGUGGGUAGCUAGUAUAAACUAGAGAGCAACUACUCAUAUUAAAACAGGCAUUAGAAUAAAAGUCGGAAGAAGAAUCAAGAGAAGAUAUGAUGAAUUUCUUAGAAUGUCAAGACCCAGCAAAGUACCGUAAGAAAAUAAAAGGCUUUCACUUGCCUUUCAACUCAAGAGAUAAAGUUAAAACAACUUAACAGUAGCAUGAGGAUUUAAUUGCCUAUACUGGCUCAAUGAAGCUCAAGCUAGUCUUCAAAGAACAAAAAGGGUUAACUGAUGAAUAAAGAAAAUAGCUAACUGAUUAAAGGCUUAAGAAAAUACAGGAUAGAUUAGCUUUGGAAAGAGAGAGCAAAGAUAUGUAAUAGAGAGAGCGAUAGGAGCUUUUAAAAAGGCAUCAGUAGUUGAAAAGGGAGAGAAUUUAAGCGAUGGUGGAUUAAAGAAGAGAUUAAAAAGGAACUAGCUACACAUUUCAGGAAAUAGAAAAGAUGCAUUAUUCUGAAUUUAAUAAAGGACCAGAUGGUGAAGUAUUCAAGCCCAGUGAUAUUGUUGACAUUGAGGAGGAUGAAGAUGAAUUGGUUAGACAAGGCAAUAGUUCUAGCGUUGAAAGUCUAAAAACUGCAUUAUAAGGCAAAUCACUUAAUGUUAAAUCUAGACGUUUGAGAAACACUUAAUUGAACAAAGGGCCUCUUGAUGUAAAUAAUGGGAUAUCUUAAACCCUUCCUCUAUAAAAUAUCAUAACUCAAAAAUUCCAAGGUUCCAUUCCUCUUAGCUAUCUUAACUCAAGAAGAUAAGCCCCUGUAGGCACAUCUAUGCAAUAAGCACUUUCCCAAUAAGUUUCUAUCAACUAAUUUGCCACACAAAAUAAUCCUAAUCUAGAUUCAUCUUUCAACAAGAGAGAGUAGAGCUAAUAAGCCUAAAGGUAACUUAAAAAGAGAGGAGGACAAGUUGUUAAUUAAAGCUAAAUUAACUAAGACCAGUCUAAGCUUAAUCAACAGAAUAACAAUUCAAAGCAAAAUAUUUAAUCUUUAGAGAAUUCACCUAUUAGAAAUAUCUUGGUAUAAGAUGCAUUAACUGCUACAAACAAACUAGCAAGGCAUUUUCUAAACGAAGAGAGUCAGCGCUUCAAGUAGUUUAAUAUGAAAAAUCGGUUGGAAAAAUUAAAUUCUUCUACAAUUGAGUAGCCAAUUAAUAAGUUAGCUCUUAACAACAGCAUACUUUAGCAUAUAGACAACAAAUAUGGGUAACUAAAUUCUAGCAUUGGAAAUAUCUCCUCUAAAAAUAAUGACUUUGUCAAUAAAAAGUAGGCUGAUUUGAGUUUUUAAGAAAGCAUCAAUUAAUAGAUGAUGAUUAGUAUAAAACCAUCAGCACAAAAUACAAAAAGAGACCAGAUUAUUAACAGAGCAGAUCAGCUCAAUCAAUAGCUUCAAUAGAAGUAGGAAAGAGUAAGUUAAUUUUUAAAUAUUUAUUAUUUCUAAUUUAGAAUAUGA